GUAAGGUUGCUGUAGGAUUAUCUACUCAGAGUUGGUGUUUAACAGUAUUGGUGUUUAAUGUCGACUACUAAAUUCAAAACUCCUUUUUUCAGACCCUAUCAGAUUUGGAUAUGUCCUUCAUAUUUGAUUGGAUUUACAGUGGUUUCAGCAGUGUGCUACAGUUUUUAGGAUUAUAUAAGAAGACUGGUAAAUUGGUAUUUCUUGGAUUGGAUAAUGCAGGAAAAACAACAUUGCUACACAUGCUAAAAGAUGACAGACUUGGACAACAUGUCCCAACAUUACAUCCCACUUCAGAAGAACUGACCAUUGCUGGCAUGACGUUUACAACUUUUGACCUGGGUGGACAUGUUCAAGGUAAGAUUCUAAUUUUUUGAGACAGGAUCUCACUCUGUCUUCCACACUGGAGUGCAGUGGUGCAAUAUCAGCUCACUGUAACCUCUGCCUCCUGGGUUCAAGUGAUCCUCAUGCCUUAGUCUCCCCAGUAACUGGGAUUACAGGCAUGUGCCACCACACCCGGCUAAUUUUUGUAUUUUUAGUAGAGAUGGGGUUUUGCCAUGUUCAAGGUAAGAUUCUAUUACUCUUAUAGUCACUUUGUUUUCUUUUCUUUUCUUUUUUUUCUGGAAUUAGAAAACCUGAAGUAACACUUUGUUUUAUUUUAACUUAACAAAAAUGUGGCCAUUAGUUCCAGUAUAUGAAAUCUCAUUCUAUUCACUGAAGGCCAGAGUAGAUUUAAAAUGUAGGGAUUAUUACUCCCCGUUAAAUGCUUUAAAAGCAAAGAGUGUUAAAAAAAAGAAAAGAAAGCCAAUAAAAUAAAAAAUAAAGAAAAGCAAAGGGUGAUUUUCAUGAUACUUCUGGUCAAUUCAAAUUGGAAAUGCUUUUGGUGGUAAAGUGUUUGAGUAAAAUUUAGCUUCCAUUCUCUCUAUUUCAGUCUGCUUCCUACUGUUAUAAUCAUGUUAUGAACAUGUUACUGCUCUGUUAAAAAAAAAAACAAAAACCUUAAGUGGC